AUGGACGGACCAGACGGGAUGCCGAUGGAUUUUAACCUCAUACCUGCGAUGGCGCCGCCGGAGGGUCAGGUGCCCAACUUUGAGAACCCGUCGGUGAACCAGGCGCCUGCGUACAUCGCCGUCGCGGCCGUGUUCAUGGCCCUGACGGUGUUUUUUGCCGGUGUGAGGUUCUGGGCGCGGUUUUUUGUGCAGAGGGCGCCGUGGUGGGAUGAUUUCUCCCUCCACGGCGUGGGCAGACACAUGUGGGAUGUCUCCGUCGCGAGCGUCAUGAAGCUCAUCGAGCCUGGUCGAGCCAUUGGCGAUGUCACCGAGCCCGCCAUCGGUUUCACCAAGCUUGGUCUCUUGCUCUUCUACUACAAGCUCUUCGCCGUGAAUGACCUCACCAGAAUCGGCUCGCUCGUGGGCAUGGCUGUCGUCGUGCCGCUGUACACGGCGCUCUUCUUCGUCUUUGUCUUUAUGGAUGAGGCCUCGGCGUGGAAGGCGAACAAGGCCAUGGCCGUGUUCAACAUCGUUACCGAUUUCUACCUUCUCGUGUUGCCUCUCACUGCCGUGGUGUGGCUUCGCAUGGAGCGCAGAAAGAAGAUUGGUCUCAUUGUUAUUUUCUCCAGUGGUUUCCUCGCCUGCAUCCUCAGCAUCGUCGGCGCAGUCUACCGCUUCCGCGCCGCCGACGACCCCGACUUCACCUGGGUCCUCUCCAACGUCUACCUAGUCAACACAAUCGAAUGCUGCGUCGGCAUAAUCUGCGCCUGCGUCCCCUUCCUGCCCGCCCUCGCCAAAAAGUCCCCCAUCACGGCCGACUGGAUGAUCUCGCUCAAAUCCCUCCGCGACCGCAUCCUCUCGGCCGGCUCCCGCGGCUCCAGAGGCAACCGCUCCCACCCCUCCGCCAACGACUACGCUUACUACGGCAACUCCAAGGACCGCAACGCAAGCGGAGAGAUCGACCCCGAGCUUGGGGGUACUGCUUCUCUCCGACCGCCCACGGGCAAGAGCAGCAGCAAGAACACCACGCAGGAGGUGGGGUUGGACACGAUUGACGUGAUUGAUUCCAUGCCGGGGCUGUACGGGGAUGAGAGGAGCAAGGAGAGGAAGGUGAGGGGGGAGAUGUUUAGGAUGGAUCCAACGUUGCAGACGCAGACGGAGACGAGGGUGGGGAGUGACGGGGAGAGCGGGGAGGGGGUCAAAGGGGGGAUUGAGGUGAAGAAGGGGUAUGCGGUUACUGAGGGGAGGUGA